AUGUCUAGUUUUAAAUUUUUGGUAAUUUUUAUUACAUUGUCUUCAAUAACGCAAGCAGAUCGUUCAUUAACAAAAGAUCAAGUUGAUGCUGAAUGUGCUUUUAGAAAUUCUUUUUGUAAUUUGAAUCUCAAACGUCCGUGCUGUCAUAUAAGAGACGUUUGCAUGCCAAGUGGGCCGGAAAAUCUCUUCAGAUGCACUGAAAAAGUCGGAUUAGGAAAGUUCUGUUACCGUAAUGACGAGUGCGAUGAAAUCCACCAUGCGAAAUGUUCAAAAGAUAACAAGUGUGUUUGCAGAGCUAAGAAUGUUCAGAUAAGUGAAAUGUCAUGUGGGCCGCUAUUGGGAGGAUUUUGUUGGAAAAAUGAGUCUUGUCUAACGAACAAUGCUGUUUGCAUUGAUAAUGAGUGCAAAUGCAGAGAUAAUUUCUCUUUAAGAUCCAAUGAUCAAUGUAUUUUUGAUACAUUGGGAGCUCAUUGUGAGAAUGACAUCCUUUGUCAAGAAGUUAGAUUUGCAAAAUGUUCGCAAAAUAAUACUUGUCAAUGCUCAUCAAAUACUGUUGCUGUCAAUCCGACCUACUGUGCUGCAGUAAUAGGAGGGUUUUGUUGGACAAAAGAUGACUGUUUACCUCUGAAUUCUGAUUGCAUUGAUAAUAAGUGUCAAUGCGACAAUCUGCAUACAGCGGAUUCUAACGAAAAAUGCACACUGGCUCAUAUCGGAAUGGCCUGUGAUAAAAAUUCUGAGUGCAGCCGUUUGAUACCAUUUACAAAAUGCUCAAAAUUAAAAAAGUGUAUUUGUAAAGAAAAUUAUUUUGAGCAUAAUCUGACAGCAUGUUACCCAAGUACUCGGAGUAGCGAAUAUUGCAUUGAUACUAGUGUGCCUUGCAGGAAGAACAACUUUGUUUGCAUCAACUACCACUGUCAAUGCAAGCCCAACUUUGUUUAUAAAAACUCUAAAUGCUUUCCUGAUCGGUUGUACGAAUCUUGCAACAGUACUUUUGAAUGUCACAAUAUAGAACAUGCUACAUGCUCAGAUGACAACAUAUGUGUUUGUGAUAAAAAUUACGCUGCCUGGGAUGAAAAAUUUUGUAGACCAGUGCUCGGUGGAAUUUGUUCUAAAGAUAAAGAUUGCUAUGCUAUCAAUUCGGUCUGCAUUGACAAAAAAUGUCAAUGCAAAGAACUCUUUUUCAAGGUUUCUGAAAAUUUAUGUCUGUCACAAAGAUUAGGAGAGAAUUGCACCUAUCAACAUGAUUGUGCGGCAAUUCGGAACGCUGAAUGCACUGAGAACAAUGUAUGUGAAUGUUUGCCUGGGUAUGGUCAGUACAAUAUUACAACCUGUGGUCUAUUACUCGGCGGGGAUUGUUCCAGAAAUGAACUAUGUGCUCCAGUCAAUUCUGUCUGCAUAAAUAAUAUUUGUUUGUGCGGUGAAGGUCAUCUGUCAGAGUCUAAUGACAAGUGUGUUUCAAACCAAUUGGCAAAGCAAUGUGAAGUAGAUGAUCAUUGUAAAGCAGUACUUGAUUCAAAGUGCGUAAAUAAUUUUUGUGUGUGUAAUCAGCACCACGUUCUCAUUGAUGGGUCAACUUGUGCACCAUUAUUAAACGAACAUUGUGAAGAACAUCAACAAUGCGCUCCCGAAAAUUCGAUUUGUGUCGAUCAUAAGUGCAAAUGCAAGGAUGAUUACAAGAAACAUUUUAAUUACAAAUGUAUAUCAACAUUAGGACACUUCAAAAUAUCUUGCGAUAGAGAUGAUCACUGCGCUGACAUUAAAUACGCAGAGUGUUCAAAUGAUAAUAAAUGCGCGUGCAAAUCAGAUUAUGUUCCUCUGGGUGAUGAUAAGUGCGUAGCACUUUUGGGUCAUUACUGCGAUCACGACAUCGAGUGUAUUUUUUACAAUUCAGUUUGUAUUGAUCAUACGUGUAAAUGCGGGGAAAAAUUCGUGAUGCGAUCGGAGUAUCAAUGUGACCCUAUUUCGCUGGGAAGAGUCUGUAAGAGGGAUCGUGACUGUGAAGUUGCGAUUAAAAAUUCUAGAUGCUCUGAAGAUAAAAUUUGCAUUUGCCAGAAUAAUUAUUACGCUUUCAACAAAUUUGGAUUAUUAUCUUUUGAAUGCGCACCUUCUUUGAAUGAGCGUUGUGCAAGUAACGAUGACUGUCGGUUCAAUUUUUCUGCUUGUAUUGAUAAUCGAUGUCAAUGCGAACCUGGUUUCCGAUCUGUGUCUGGGAAUCAAUGCCAGAGAAAAUAUCUCGAUUGUGGUGAUCCAUGGCACAACAAAUGUUCGGGUGAUAAAAAGUGUAUUUGCAACAGAAAUAAUACUGCAAUAAAUAAAUCCACAUGCCGGCCACUUUUGGAAGGCUAUUGUUGGGUAGAUCAUCAAUGUGUUACUAAAUAUUCUAAAUGUAUUGAUUAUGGGUGCAAAUGCAUACAAGGCUUCAAAGCUGCAUCUGAUAACCUUUGCGUGCCAGUUGAUAAAAAUUUUUACUCUCCUUUUUUGGUCGAUGAUAAUCCAGAAAAUCAGUGCGUGCUAAGGGAUGUUAAAUGUAAGCCCCCUUUACAGCGACCGUGCUGUAACCCAAAUGACUAUUGCAAGCAGAUGGACUCCGAAGAUUCAUUCAAGUGCACGGAAAAAAAUUUAAAACCUGAGUUGGGAAGAUUUUGUGAAGUACAUGAGGACUGUGAUGGAAUAUGGCAUUCAAAAUGUUCAAAAAACAAGUGUGUUUGCAGGGAAAAAAAUGUUAAAUACAAUGACACAGUCUGCGCUCCAAUAUUGGGCGGAUUUUGUUGGAAAAAUGAAAUAUGCGUGACUGAAAAUUCUGUUUGCAUUGAUCAGGAGUGUCAAUGCAAGGAGAAUCACACUCAAAUUUUGAACAAGUGCAUAUUUAACGUUUUGGGCACACAUUGUGAAAACGAUGAAACUUGCCAGCAAGUAAAAUUUGCAAAGUGUGCGACGGAAAAAAUCUGUACCUGUCCACCAAGUGUUUUGCAAGUGAACCAAUAUUGCAAAUCUCCAAUGGAUGGUUUUUGCUGGUCUGACGAUGAUUGCUCAAUUAGUGCGUCUAUUUGCGUUGAUAAUAAGUGUCAAUGCGAAGACGGAAUGGUAUUUUAUACUAAUAGAUGCGUAAAAGUUUUCAUGAAUAUGCCAUGCGUAAAUCACCGCGAAUGCAGUUCUCAUAUGCCCUUUUCAAAAUGUUCUCCUUCCGAUAGGUGUACUUGUGAAGCAUAUUAUUCUGAUCACAUAGGCCGAUGUGUACCUAAUCCAGUAAAUUUGUGUAUUUCUCUGGAAGAUUCUUGCAUAAAUAAUUAUAGUUGCCACCCGAUACCCAAUGCAAUAUGCUCAAUAGAUAAAAAGUGUGAGUGUGCUGAAAAUCACCUACGAAUGCAUAAAAGCAGUUGUAUACCAGUGCUUGGUGGGAAUUGUAAAAAUAAUACCGACUGCAUAGUUGUAGAUUCUAUAUGCAGUAACUUACAUUGUCAAUGCAAACCAGGUUUUGUGAAUCGCACAAAAAAUGAAUGUAUUUUUGUUGGAUUAGGAAUUAAUUGUAGAUAUGACGAUGAUUGCCGUGCUAUUGAGAAUAGUAAAUGUUCUGAGAAAAAAAUAUGUGAAUGCAUAGAAAAUUCUGUUAAAAUUAAUAGCACAGUGUGUUUUCCAAUUUUUGGUACGCGGCGUCGACUUAUCUGCUUGAAUAAUAAUAAUAAUUACCGACCCGAUGAUGACUCUAAGACUCACAAGAAUAAAUACAAACAAAGUUACAAAAAGAUCGAAUGCAAGGACGAUGAUGAUUGUGCACAAAUCUCUAACGCGAAAUGCAUUGACUACACUUGUUCAUGCAGAGAACAUUACGCCAUGAUUAGUAAUACGACUUGUGCGCCAUUAUUGGGCCAAUACUGUCAGUUGCUGGAACAAUGUGCUACCCCGAAGUCUGAGUGCAUUGAUAAAAAAUGCCAAUGCGAAGAGGGUUAUGUAAAUUAUUUUAAUAAUAUAUGCGUAUCAAAUGCUGAAUGCUCUUAUGAAAAAAAAUGCGCGUGCAAAUCAAAUUACGUCGCUCUUGGCGAUGAUCAGUGUGUAGCACUUAUAGGCGAGUACUGCGACUCGGAUAGCGAAUGCAUUUCUUACAAUACUGUAUGUGUUGAUCAUAAGUGCGAGUGUCCGAAAAAAUUCGUCAUGCGAUCGAAGUAUCAGUGUGAUCGGAUUUCACUUGGUAAAACUUGUAAACAGGAUUAUGACUGCCAAAUUGCAAUGAAUAAUUCAUUAUGUUCAAAAGAUAAAGUCUGUGUUUGCAAAGAAAAUCAUUAUGCUCUGAACAAUUAUGAAUGUGUACCUUACUUGUACGAAAAAUGUACAACCGACUAUGAUUGUCAUUUCAAUUUUUCUGCCUGCAUUGACAAUCAGUGUCAAUGCACUGUCCUCUAUCGAUCUGUGUCCUGUGAAAAAAAUAUAGAUUGUGGCGACCCCUGGCACAACAUAUGUUCUAAAGACAGAAAGUGUAUUUGCAACAACAAUAAUACUUACAUAGAUAAAUCCACAUGCUCGCCACUUUUAGGUGGAUAUUGUUGGACGGAUCACCAAUGCGUUGUUAGAAACUCAAUAUGUGUCGAUUUCCACUGCAAAUGCCGUGGUGAUUUUAGGCCUAUAUCAUCCAAUAUGUGCAUGCCCAUUAAUAAAUAA